AGUUCGCUUGCAGCCAUGAACCAGCCAACCCCAGCCACCACGGAGCUGCCUGCACUGCCGGGGGACACAACAGUAGCCUUUGGGGUGGCAGACAUCAUCGUCGUGGUUUUUUACUUCGCCUUUGUCCUAACUGUUGGAAUAUGGUCAUCGAUACGAGCAAGCCGGGGGACCAUUGGAGGCUAUUUCCUGGCUGGACGAUCCAUGACUUGGUGGCCUAUUGGAGCAUCCCUGAUGUCAAGCAACGUGGGCAGUGGCUUAUUCAUCGGCCUGGCAGGCACUGGAGCAGCUGGGGGUCUUGCUGUUGGAGGCUUUGAGUGGAAUGCUACCUGGGCACUUCUGGCUCUCGGCUGGAUCUUUGUGCCUGUUUACAUUGCAGCAGGAACAGACAUUUUUUCUGGAGCGUUGUUCAUCCAAAUCUCUUUGGGCUGGAACCUCUACUUGUCCACUGUGGUCUUGCUAGCAGUGACUGCUCUCUACACUAUAGCUGGUGGUUUAACGGCUGUGAUCUACACAGAUGCACUGCAGACCCUGAUCAUGGUGCUGGGAGCUUUAGUCCUCAUGUUCAUAGGAUUUGAAAAAGUCGGCUGGUAUGAAGGACUUCAGGAGAAAUACAGCACAGCAAUACCAAAGGUUAUAGUCCCGAACACAACCUGUCACCUCCCACGUGCGGAUGCCUUUCAUUUGUUCAGGGAUCCAGUCACAGGAGACAUUCCUUGGCCUGGCCUUAUAUUUGGUCUCUCUGUGCUGGCUCUUUGGUGCUGGUGCACUGACCAGGUGAUAGUCCAGAGGUCUCUUUCUGCCAAGAACCUCUCCCAUGCCAAAGGUGGAUCAGUGCUGGGAGGAUAUCUGAAAAUCUUCCCGAUGUUUUUCAUUGUCAUGCCAGGGAUGAUCAGCAGAGCUCUUUAUCCAGAUGAAGUGGGUUGUGUGGACCCUGACAUCUGUAAAAGGGUCUGUGGAGCUGCGGUGGGUUGUUCCAACAUUGCCUACCCCAAACUCGUGAUAGAACUCAUGCCUGAUGGGCUCCGGGGUUUGAUGAUUGCCGUGAUGAUGGCAGCCUUGAUGAGUUCCCUCACUUCCAUUUUCAACAGCAGCAGCACUCUCUUCGUAAUAGACAUCUGGCAGCGGAUCCGCAGAAAGGCUUCAGAGCAGGAGCUGAUGAUUGUGGGCAGAGUCUUUAUCCUCAUCCUUGUAGUCAUCAGUAUUCUGUGGAUCCCGAUCAUUCAAUCGGCCAACAGCGGCAAGCUCUUUGACUACAUUCAGUCCAUAACCAGCUAUCUAGCCCCACCAAUCACAGCUCUCUUUAUCUUGGCAAUCUUCUGCAAGAGGAUUAAUGAGCCUGGUGCUUUCUGGGGCCUCAUGGUCGGGCUAGUUGUUGGUCUCGUUCGGAUGAUCAUAGAGUUUAUUUAUAGCACGCCAUCUUGUGGUGAGGAGGACAGAAGACCAGCUGUGCUAAAGGACUUGCACUACCUCUACUUUGCUCUCAUCCUCUGUGUCCUGACUGCAAUUGUCAUUGUCCUUAUUAGUCUGUGCACCCCACCGAUCCCUGAAGAAAAGGAAAGUUCUGACCUUGUUCCUCAGAGAACAGCCAAAAUUAAGCUGUGGAUCUGA